CUAGCAAGCUAUAGGCUACAUAUGUUCUUCGGGGUGUAAUGUAAGAUAGUGAGUGUGGAUUCUUCGUGAAUUAAUUUGUUCUUGUAGUGGAGAUCUAGCAUUAGUUGGGAGUGUGUAAUCUUGAUCGAUCGAUCCACAUGGAGGACUCAAGCUUCAUGCAGUGGGCAAUGAACACGCUGGAUGAGCACACCUUCCCCGCCGCCGCCUCUCCGGUAUACGAUAUUGGCAGCUUCCACUGCGGCGAGCAUACUGCCGCCGCCUUCCCCUCGCAGCACGCACUCUGCACCAUUCCCCAGCCUCUGCCGACGACGGCCGAUGACAACCCAGACCUGACGGUGCAGGUCGACAACCAGUACCGGGCCAGCAGCUCUGGCGAUGCGGUGGUUCACGCUGCCGUCGCCGGGGCUAGCAUGCCAAUGAGCUCGAAGUCCGUUGCUGCGUUGACGCAGUCGGCCGCGAUAGGAGCACAUAAGCAUGCUGGCGGGAGGAGAUCCGGGAGCAGCUUGCAGGGCUCUGCUAUGUCAGCAGCGUCGGCGUCGUCGACUUGCCCUGAUCCCGCCAAGGACCACACAAUCGCGGAGCGCCGCCGCAGGGAGAAGAUCAACCAGCGGCUCAUGGAGCUCUCUACUCUUAUCCCCGGCAUCAAGAAGAUGAACAAGGCAACGAUUAUUGGGGAUGCGCUGAAGCACGUGAGAGAGCUCCAGGAGAAGGUGAAGAUCCUGGAGAACAACAACAGGCAUGCUGCCACCACCACCAUCAGCUCCACUGUGUUCGUCCACAAGAACAGACCCUUCCUAAGCGGCCUCACCAGCAACUACCGCGACGAUGAUGCCGGUGAGCCGAGCCACUUGGGCACAUGGCUUCCUGAGAUCAAGGUCCGGUUGUCAGAUAAGAUUGUGCUAGUGCAGAUCCACUGUGAGAACACAAAUGGACUACUAGUGAGGGUGCUGGGAGAGGUGGAGGUUCUCCGACUUGCCAUCACCCACACCAGCAGCAUGCCAUUCCUAGCCGACACCACCAUCAUCAACAUUACCGCCAAGGCAAGUUGUACUCAAACCGUUAUUUUUUGCACAGCUAAGAUGCUCUGCAUAAUUGAUGCAUGCAGCUAUUUCCCUCAUGUUGUAUAGAUCCAUAAAAAAUAUAGUAGUUCCACAAGUAGCUAAUAAUUGCCUAUCAGGAUUGCAAUUAAAUUACAUAAGAAAUCACCACAUAUAGUUUCAUAAUAUCAAUUCACGUACUGUUUGAUGAGAUAUAAAAAGUAAAUACAAGUAUGCAUACACGGUGUCUAGAUGUGGUUAGCUAGAGAGAAAAAAACGUCUCGUAGGAUGGACAAAAUGCUCAUAUCUUGUAACAACCAUGCUUAAUUAUGGGGUACCAAUACUUAGUAAGCACAUAUGUAUCGGUAGUUUUUCUUCACAUAAACCGACAAUAUAACAACUUGAGCACAUAGGAAUAUAGGUGAUUGUCUUAUACAGAUAGUCCUCUAUAUGGAUGGUUGAUGCUUUUUCUUGGUUCUCUAAUUUAACAUCUGUUGGGCCGGCUUGUUUAGAUGUACAAAACAUUUUUUAUUAAGUAUACAGAAAGUCUCUUUCCCAGAGAAUAUAGUAGCAUAGUGAAAUGAUAGAAGUGGAAUCAGGUAUCACACAAGCCUCUCCGUAAUGCUACCUCAUCUCUCAUCCUCCUUGGAUUGGUGUCUUUCAUCGUCGUUUUUCUACGUAGGCCCACCUAUGAAUGUAUACACAUAUUUUCGUCAAAACCAAAAUGCUCUUAAUAUCUUAUCCUUUGCACAAGUCUACAUGUACAACCGUUACCAACCUAAUUGAUGCACACUACACAUACUCAUGCACACAUAUAUCACACCAAUUUUCUCACAUCCAUCUCACGCACGUAUAUAAAUCAUCAAGCUUAGUACAAUUGACGUUCUGUUUUUAUGGAAUGGAAGAAAUAUAAAACAUUUUGCUAAGGGAAAACCAUUACAUUUCAAUGAUUGUCAAAGAAAAAGAAAUAUGAUAGACUAAAAUAAAAGAAAAAAAAUCUUGAUUACACUAUUUCCUUCAUGAUACUAGAAUCAGUAUAUCCAUCUCGCCUCAUCAUUACAUCGUCUAACACCUAAGAGUUUCUUUGCUCAAAAGAUGCUCAAGAAUUAUAUACAUGAAUGAGAAGAUAGGGCUAAAUAUGAAUAAAUUCAGUAUAGCUAGUUUAAAAGGUUAUACAUAUAGACCAGGGAUGGGUUAGUUAAGGAA